AUGGACCAGGACAGGAUGAACAGUAUGGACCAGGACACGGUGAACAGUAUACACCAGGACAGGGUGAACAGUAUGGACCAGGACAGGGUGAACAGUGUGGACCAGGACAGAGUGAACAGUAUGGACCAUGACAGGAUGAACAGUAUGGACCAGGACUGGGUGUACCGUAUGGACCAGGACAGGGACAGGGUGAACAGUAUGGACCAGGACAGGGUGAACAGUAUGGACGAAGACAGGGUGAACAGUAUACACCAAAACAGGGCGAACAGUAUGGACCAGGACAGGGUGAACAGUAUGGACCCGGACAGGGUGAACGGUAUAUACCAGGACAGGGUGAAAAGUAUGGACGAAGACAGGGGUGAACAGUAUGGACAAGGACAGGGUGAUCAGUAUGGACCACGACAGGGUGAAGAGUAUGGACCACGACAGGUUGAACAGUAUACACCAGGACAGGGUGAACAGUAUGGACCAGGAAAGGGUGUACAGUGUGGACCAGGACAGGGUGAACAGUAUGGACAAGGACAGGGUGAACAGUAUGUGCGAGGACAGGGUGAACAGUAUGGACCAGGACAGGUUGAACAGUAUGGACUAGGACAGGGUGAACAGUAUACACCAGGACAGCGUGAGCAGUAUGUACCAGAGCAGUGUGAACAGUAUACACCAGGACAGGGUGAACAGUAUGGACCAGGACAGACUGAACAGUUUACACCAGGAAAGGGUGAACAGAUUGGACCAGGACAGGGUGAACAGUAUGGAUCAGGACAAGGUGAACAGCAUGGACCAGGACUGGGUGAACAGUAUACACCAGGACUGGAUGAACAGUAUGGGCCAGGACAGGGUGACAGUAUGGAGCAGGACAGGUUGAACAUUAAGGACCAGGACAGGGUGAGCAAUAUAGACCAGAAGUGGAUGAACAGUAUAGACCAGGACAGGUUUAACAGUAUGGACCAUUACAGGGUGAACAGUCGGGACCAAGACAGGGUGAACAGCAUGGACCAGGACAGGGUGAACAGUAUGGAUCAGGAGGAGGUGGACAGUAUACACCAGGACAGCUUGAACAGUAUGGAUCAGGACAUAGUGAACAGUAUGGACCAGUACAGGGUGAACAGUAUGGACCAGGACAGGGUGAACGGUAUGGACCAGGACAAGGUCAACAGUAUGGACCAGGACAGGGUGAAUGGUAUGGACCAAGAGAUGGUGAACAGUAUACACCAGGACAGAGUGAAAAGUAUGUACCAGGACAGUGUGAACAGUAUACACCAGGACAGGGUGAACAGUAUGGACCAGGACAGGGUGAACAGUAUGGACCAGGACAGGGUGAACAGUAUGGACCAGCACAGGGUGAACAGUAUAGACCAGGACAUUGUGAACAGUAUGGACCAGGACAGGGUGAACAGUAUGGAACAGGACAUUGUGUACAGUAGGGACCAGAACAGGGUGAACAGUAUGGAUCAGUACAGUGUGAACAGUAUGGACCAGGACAGGGUGAACAGUAUGGACCACGACAGGGUGAAGAGUAUGGACUGUGACAGGGUGAACAGUAUACACCACUGCAGGGUGAACAGUAUGGACCAGGACAGGGUGUGCAGUAUGGACCAGGACAGGAUGAACAGUAUGGUCCAGGGAAGGGUGAACAGUAUGUGCGAAUACAGGGUGAACAGUAUGGACCAGGACAGGGUGAACAGUAUGUACGAGGACGGGGUGAACGGUAUGGACCAGGACAGGGUGAACAGUAUGGACCAGGACAGGGUGAAAAGUAUGGACGAAGACAGGGUGAACAGUAUGGACCAGGACAGGUUUUACAGUAUGGACCACGACAGGGUGAAGAGUAUAGGCCAUGAUAGGGUGAACAGUAUACACCAGGAGAGGGUGAACAGUAUGGACCAGAAGAGGCUGUACAGUAUGGACCAGGACAGGGUGAACAGUAUGGACCAGGACAGGGUGAACGGUAUGGACCGGGACAGGGUCAACAGUAUGGACCAGAACAGGGUGAACGGUAUGGACCAGGACAGGGUGAACAGUAUACACCAGGACAGCGUGAAGAGUAUGGACCAGGACAGAGUGAACAGUAUGGACCAGGAGAGGAUGAACAGCAUGGACCAGGACAGGGUGAACAGUGUAGACCAGGACAUUGUGAACAGUAUGGACCAGGACAGGGUGAACAGUAUGGAACAGGACAGGGUGAACAGUAUGGACAAGGACAGGGUGAACAGUAUAGACCAGGACAGAGAGACCAGUAUGGACGAGGACAUGGAGAACUGUAUGGAUCACGACAGGGUGAACGGUAUGGACCAAGAGAGGAUGAAAAGUAAAGACCAGAACUGGGUGAACAGUAUGGACCAGGAAAGGGUGAACAGUAUAUACGAGGACAGGGUGAACAGUAUGUACCAGGACACUAUGAACAGUAUGGACCAGGACAGGGUGAACAGUAUGGACCUGGACAGGGUGAGAAGUAUGUUCAAGGACAGGGUGAACAGUAUGGACCGGGACAGGGUGAACAGUAUGGACCAGUACAGGGUGAACAGUAUGGACCAGGACAGGGUGAACAGUAUGGACCACGACAAAGUGAAGAGUAUGGACCACGACAGGUUGAACAGUAUACACCAGGACAGGGUGAACAGUAUGGACCAGGACAGGGUGAACAGUAUGGACCAGGACAGGGUGAUCAGUAUGUGCGAGGACAGGGUGAACUGUAUGGACCAGGACAGGUUGAACAGUAUGGACCGGGUCAGGGUGAACAAUAUGGACCAGGGCAGGGUGAACAGUAUACACCAGGACAGCGUGAGCAGUAUGGACCAGGACAGGGUGAACAGUAUACACCACGACAGGGUGAACAGUAUGGAUCAGGACAGGAUGAACAGUAUUGACCAGGACACGGUGAACAGUAUACACCAGGAUAGGGUGAACAGUAUGGAUCAGGACAGGGUGAACAGUGUGGACCAGGACAGAGUGAACAGUAUGGAACAGGACAGGGUGAACAGUAUGGACCAGGACAUUGUGAACGGUAUGGACCAGGACAGGGUGAACAGAAUGUACCAGGACAGGAUGAACAGUAUGGACCACGACAGAGUGAACAGUAUGGACCUGGACAGGGUUAACAGUAUGAACCAGGACAGGGUGAACAGUAUGGACCAGGACAGGGUGGAAAGUAUACACCAGGAAAGGGUGAACAGAUUGGACUGGGGCGGGGCGAACAGUAUGGACCAGGAGAGGGUGAACAGUAUGGACCUGGACUGGGUGAACAGUAUGGGCCAGGACAGGGUGAACAGUAUGGACCAGGACAGGGUGAACAGUGUACACCAGGACAGCGUGUGCAAGAUGUACCAGGACAUCGUGAACAGUAUACACCAGGACAGGGUGAACAGUAUGAACCAGGACAGUGUGAACAGUAUUGACCAGGACUGGGUGAAAAGUAUGGACCAGGACAGGGUGAACAGUAUGUACGAGGACAGGGUGAACAGUAUGGACCAGGACAGGAUGAACAGUAUGGACCAGGACAGGGUGAGCAGUGUAGACCAGGACAUUGUGAACAGUAUGGACCAGACAGGGGAAACAGUAUGGAUCAGGGCACUGUGA